CUUGAAUUGGAGCAUUGUUCUCUUCAAGUUCUGGAACCUGAAGGAAGUCCCAGCAGGAGUCUCCUUCAACUCAUGGGUGAAAGAGGCUGUACUGUUUUAGAGUUGACAGAAUUUCUGCAGUUCCUGGAACUUACUGAGGCACUUCAGUUGCUCAAUCCAAGCAUAAAGAUUGUUGUAGAACCAGAAUCCCAAGCUGUUUUAUCUGGCCAGAUGGUGAAGCUGAGCUGCUGGGCAACAGGAUAUCCUCUCCUAUACUAUCAGUGGUUUAAAGAGAAAAAAAUGGUUCCAAAUGGGAAUUCCCCAGAACUGGUGUUCAACCAAGUGACUGUAGAUGAUACUGGAUUAUACAUAUGUCGAGUGAACAGCGAUUCCUCCUAUGAGUUCAGCCGAUGGGCACAAUUGGAAGUUUGUGAUAGCCAAGGAGAUUCUGAUGGAAACUACUUUGAAUUGCCUGAAAAGAAAAUACGUAUCUGCCUGCACCCACAAUCUCAAAACUUGAUGGUUGGAGAAAUGUUAGUUCUUCAGUGUGAAGCGAUAGGAAUCCCUGUGCCUCAGUACCAGUGGUACAAAGAGGAAUUUCCACUUACUAAUGGAGAUAAAAAGGUCUAUGUGAUAUCCUCCGUAAACAUUGAACAUCAAGGGACAUAUUGGUGUCGGGUAUACAAUAGCCAAGAAAAUGAAGAAAGCAGAAAAGUGAAAGUCACUAUAGAGGAAUUAAAUGACCUUGAAAGACCUGAUCUUGAACAACCAACUGAAAGGCAGUUUGCAGUGGACAAGGUAGCACUGCUCAUGGGGAACAUGAGCUACUAUAACCAUCCCAAGCUUAAGGCUCCGUUGGUUGAUGUUUAUGAGCUGACCAACUUGCUGAGGCAGAUGGACUUUAAAGUGGUUUCCUUGCUGGAUCUGACGGAACCUGAGAUGCGGAAUGCAGUGGAUGAAUUCUUACUGCUCCUGGACAAAGGCGUAUAUGGUCUAUUAUAUUAUGCUGGGCAUGGCUAUGAAAAUUAUGGGAAUAGUUUUAUGGUUCCUAUUGAUGCCCCAAAUCCCUAUCGAGCUGCAAACUGUCUAUGUGUACAAAACAUUCUCAAACUGAUGCAAGAAAAGGAUACUGGCCUUAAUGUAUUUUUACUGGAUAUGUGCAGAAAACGGAAUGAAUAUGACAAUACUGUUCUCAUCUUGGAUGCCCUGAAGGUUACAGCUAACAUUGUUUUUGGAUAUGCCACGUGCCAAGGGGCAGAAGCUUUUGAAAUUCAGCAGUCUGGAUUAGCCAAUGGAAUUUUCAUGAAGUUUUUGAAGGAACGCUUAUUAGAGGACAAGAAAAUUACUGUGCUGCUAGAUGGUGUAGCUGAAGAUAUGGGAAAGUGUCACCUUACCAAAGGCAAACAGGCUUUGGAGAUUCGCAGCAGUUUAUCUGAGAAGAGGGCGUUAACUGAUCCUAUUCAGCAAACAGUGACUUCAGCAGAAGCUUUGGCACGAAAUCUGCAGUGGGCCAAAGCUCAUGAACUUCCUGAAAGUACGUGUCUUCAGUUUCAAUGUGGGGUCCGGAUUCAACUUGGUUUUGCUGCAGAAUUCUCCAAUGUCAUGAUCAUCUACACAAGAAUAGUAAAGAAACCACCUGAAAUAACCGUUUGCAAUGCUUACGUCACCGAUUUUCCCCUGGAUUUGGACGUGGAUCCUAAAGAGGCAAAUAAAGGAACCCCUGAGGAAACCGGCAGCUAUUUGCUUUCCAAAGAUUUGCCCAAGCACUGCCUCUACACUAGAAUAAGUUCAUUACAGAAGCUAAAGGAAGAUUUAACAUUCACUGUUUGCCUGCAUUAUGAAUAUAUGGGACUUGAGGACACUGUGGAUGAAAGGAAGGUGGUUAACAUCGGCAAGCCACUUGUUGCUAAAUUGCGCAUUCACCAAGGAUUUGGAAAAUGCAGCUGUUCCCAGAGCUGCUGUUUGCCUAAUGACCCUUCUUCUGCCCAGUCCCUGGGCACAGGAGCAGCUGGAUUCUGCCCAUCUCACCUUAAUCAACCGCACUCUUACACAGGCUUUGUCCAAUCAGGUCCUUCUCCUAUAGAAAGCCUGAUGCAGCCGCCAAGAUGCCACUGCAGGAUGGUGCCAGAUACGUUAAUUGCAUGGCAGUCAAAAUGGUCACAUUCAUCAGACUCAGACCUGAGCAAUAUUCCUGUGGAGACCACAGAUGAACUAGAAUCUGAUUUCUCAGGAAGUUUAAAAAUAUCUCAUGAGCCUUAGCCAACCCUUUUUGUAGUUUGGAAUGCUGUUCAUGUAUCUUAGAUACUGAAAGGAGAGCAGUAGCAUUUUUGUGAAAUUAUAGGGUCUGGUGGCACCCUUGUCUGGAUCCAAUGCACUGGAAUUACAGGACUGGUUGAGGGAGAAAGAGAUUUAAAAAUGUUUUCAGACAACCGGAAAUGCAAGUUGCAAUAUUCCCAGAUAUUAUCCCCUGCGAGGUGAAAGAGGAAAAGGAAUUCAGUAAAGGCAGACUAGAUUUCUGUGGGAAAUGACUCCCUAAUGACCAAGCAAACUGACUGUCAGAAUAAGCAGAAGCUAAGCACCAGUCUUCUGCAUUUUCUUACCUUUAAGAUACAGAAUUUUUAAUGUGCUGACUGAGAGACAUACAAGAGCUAUGAUGCCAGUCUUUCACUUUCCCAGGCAUCAAGGAGAGGGAGAAGAGCAAAUGGGCCAUAAAGUCAGGAGAUCCCAGUGGGCGAACCAGGCGUACAUUUAAGCAAUGUUUGGGGAGGAAAAAGGUAAACUGGCCUGUUGCAAAGUCUGAAAAGGAGCCAUCACAGAAUGAUCUUACAAUUCAGAGAAGUGGGUGUCAAAGGAAGUUAAGGGAUACCAAGCACCUACUUCCUUUGCUCUUCCUUACUGUUGAGGCAGUCACAGUACACAGGCCAGUGCCUUGGUGGUGGUGGCGGUGAAGAGAGGAAACUGGCCAGAAGUCCAGUGGGAUACGCUACACUGGCAGUUGCUGAGCAGGAAAGGGAGUAACAUGCAUUAGGCUUGCCCCCUUUUUAAAAUCGAUUGGGUGCCAUCAAGUCGGUGUCAACUCCUAAUAGAUUUACAUCCCUCCUUUCGUUCAGAAACUUAAGAUGGCGUACAGACCACUCCUUCCUUCCAUUUUUCUGCAACAGCCCUGUGAGGUGGGCUGGACUGAGAGAGAGUAAGGAUAGUCCCAAGUCACUGAGUGAGCUUCCAUGGCUGAACCCAGGUCUCUCUGACAAACAAAACCUUAACCAUUCUACCACAGUGGCUGUGCCCAGAAAGAAAAAGGUGUAAACAUGUAAACACCAGCUGUUUCAUUAUCUGGGUUUACUCAUUGUGCUAAGCCACUGUUUAUUUUAAACAUGGUCUGUUUAAUAAAGUCACAAUGGCCAUAUGGAAGUCACCCAUAGUGCUUAUCAAUCAUGGCUUAUAAAACACAUCUUAAGCUUGUGUAGCUUUGAUUAUGUGCCAUCAGGUUGGUGCCAACUCUUAGUGACCACAUAGGUGGAUUUUCUCCAUGAUGAUCUGUC